AUGCCCGAGAGCCCACGGUCAGCAUACCUUGUAACACUCUACCUAACCUCACUAAGUACCACUCGCAUUUUAAGAUGGCUCAUAGAUACAGACAAAGAUGACGAGGGUUUACGGGUGCUAAUUGACCUCCAUGGUGGCGAUCCCAAUGAUGAGAUCGCCAACGCAGAAUUCCAAGAAAUUAAAGACCGACGUGAAAGCGGAGAAGCCCGUUCGUAUGCCGUGAUGUGGCAAAAAUAUAAGCGACGAGUACUACUCGCAAUGUCAUCGCAAGCAUUCGCACAACUAGUAAGUUCUCUGGGUCUGUUACCAUGUCCAGACGUUGAUACCAGACGCAACGCGAUUCAGAAUGGCAUUAACGAGGCUGGCUGGCUGGGUCGCGAUGCUAUCCUCAUGACCGGUAUCAAUGCAACUAUCUACGUCUUGAGUACUCUACCGACAUGGUAUCUGGUUGAUCGUCUCGGUCGGCGGCCUAUUCUGUUGUCGGGAGCGAUCGUGAUGGCAAUCUCUCUUGGUCUCACUGGUUGGUGGAUGUACAUAGAUGUGCCAGAAACUCCGCGCGCCGUUGUGUUCUGUGUGAUCAUUUUCAACGCCGCGUUCGGAUACAGGUAUAUGUUCUUAAACUAUACAUGCUUCUGCACCCUGCUGACGCCAAGCUCUUAG